GGUGUAGGGCCGCCUGCGACGAGCGACAAAGCCAGACUGUAGGGGCGGGGCUGAGCCGAUGAUGGGGACGCGGACGAACGGCGCGGAGCUGCAUGCGGACCCGCGAGGCAUCUGGGACGCGGCGCAGCGGCGGCAAGGACAGCAGGCGGCCCGCGGCCGGGCGGCCGGGGCAGAGAGCAUCAUGGCAGAACAGGUGGCCCUGAGCCGGACCCAGGUGUGUGGGAUCCUGCGGGAAGAGCUAUACCAGGGCAAUGCCUUCCAUCAGUCCGAUACACACAUCUUCAUCAUCAUGGGUGCAUCGGGCGACCUGGCCAAGAAGAAGAUCUACCCCACCAUCUGGUGGCUGUUCCGGGAUGGCCUUCUGCCGGAAGACACCUUCAUCGUGGGCUACGCCCGCUCCCGUCUCACAGUGGCUGACAUCCGCAAGCAGAGCGAGCCCUUCUUCAAAGCCACCCCAGAGGAGAAGCCCAAGCUGGAGGAGUUCUUUGCCCGCAAUUCCUAUGUGGCUGGCCAGUAUGACGACUCAGCCUCCUACAAACGUCUCAACAGCCAUAUGAACGCCCUUCACCAGGGGUCGCAGGCCAACCGCCUCUUCUACCUGGCCUUGCCCCCCAGCGUCUAUGAGGCCGUCACCAAGAACAUCCAUGAGACCUGCAUGAGCCAGACAGGCUGGAACCGCAUCAUUGUGGAGAAGCCCUUCGGACGGGACCUGCAGAGCUCUGACCAGCUGUCCAACCACAUCUCCUCCCUGUUCCGCGAAGACCAGAUCUACCGCAUUGACCACUACCUGGGCAAGGAGAUGGUCCAGAAUCUCAUGGUGCUGAGGUUUGCAAACAGGAUCUUCGGCCCGAUCUGGAACCGGGACAACAUCGCCUGUGUCAUCCUCACUUUCAAGGAGCCCUUUGGCACUGAGGGCCGCGGGGGCUACUUCGAUGAAUUUGGGAUCAUCCGGGACGUGAUGCAGAACCACCUCCUGCAGAUGCUGUGUCUGGUGGCAAUGGAGAAGCCCGCCUCCACCGACUCGGACGACGUACGCGACGAGAAGGUCAAGGUGUUGAAAUGUAUCUCAGAGGUGCAGGCGGACCACGUGGUCCUGGGUCAGUACGUGGGGAACCCCAGCGGAGAGGGCGAGGCCACCAAAGGGUACCUGGAUGACCCCACAGUGCCCCGCGGGUCCACCACUGCCACCUUCGCAGCUGUCGUCCUCUAUGUGGAGAACGAGCGGUGGGAUGGGGUGCCCUUCAUCCUGCGCUGCGGCAAAGCCCUGAAUGAACGCAAGGCGGAGGUGCGGCUGCAGUUCCGCGAUGUGGCUGGCGACAUCUUCCAGCAGCAGUGCAAGCGCAACGAGCUGGUGAUCCGUGUGCAGCCCAACGAGGCCGUGUACACCAAGAUGAUGACCAAGAAGCCCGGCAUGUUCUUCAACCCUGAGGAGUCAGAGCUAGACCUGACCUAUGGCAACAGAUACAAAAACGUGAAGCUCCCUGACGCCUAUGAGCGCCUCAUCCUGGAUGUCUUCUGCGGGAGCCAGAUGCACUUCGUGCGCAGUGACGAGCUCCGGGAGGCCUGGCGGAUCUUCACGCCGCUGCUGCACAAGAUUGAGCGUGAGAAGCUCACCCCCAUCCCCUACAUUUACGGCAGCCGAGGCCCUGCGGAGGCAGACGAGCUGAUGAAGAAAGUGGGCUUCCAGUAUGAGGGCACCUACAAGUGGGUGAACCCCCACAAGCUCUGAGCCCUGGGCCCCCAUCCCCACCCCCCUUGGUCCUGUCUGUCUCUAUCCUGCCCACCUUCCCACCACCCGACCCUACAUCAGGAGGAUUUGGGGACCAUAGGCCUCAGCCCCACAUUCCUGGCCCCAGGCUCAGGCCACCCCGCCCACCCCAUGCCACUGCCCCGGGCCCAGCUACAUUCCUCAACCAUCGAGCACUUGAGACUUGCGCCAUGACUGUCCUCAGCCACCACUGGCCCUGCCUGAGCCAGCUUCUGUCCAUGGGACUGAGCCCCAACGGAAGGAAGGAGAAGAGUGGCCCUUCCAUCUCUCCCGAGCUCCUCGGCCCAGGACAGGAGUUAGGGACAACGGGCAGGGGCAGUGGGUGGACAAGCUCCUUGGAGCUUGGGGAAAGGGGGUGAGCAUGUCACACCAGCCUCAGUGCCACUCGACAUUCCUGCUCACCCACUGGAAGGGACCUCUGGGCUGCCCAGCAAUCCCCCAUGUCUUGGGCCCCCUGAACUUCCCUCUUUUCCACCAGUUUCCCCCACCACCCCAAUUCUGCACUCCAUGCCCACCCCACCUCACCCCACGCACAGGUGGCCCCCUUGCCACUAGGAAAGUAGAAGCAGCAAGUGGGACACCCCAUCUCAGCCCCUGCCAUUAAAUCCACAAACAGA